GAGCUCGCGCGCGACUUGGAGGCGUGGACAGUAAACGUAUUUUUUGGCGGACAAACGCGCCGCAAAUGCCGGAGCUCAGGAGUGCCUUUCAACGCGCGCUGAAAUCGUUUGAAUUUGUAAACAUACCGCGACCCUCGCGAGUUCAGCAUGGCGCUCAUCUGCACAAAUACAGCGCACCAUCAACCGGCCUGCGGCUAACACACUCGGAUGAACCGUGACUGGCAAGCGUGCAUUUAUCCUUUUCGAUUGAAUCUGUGUGUGUUAACACGAAACAAUGCGAUGCAGCUAUUCGUUAACUACUAGCGCUGCUUGUUUGUAAGCUGUCGGUUACAUUGUUACUCUACAAACCCUUGCUAGUGCAUACUGAAUAUUGUGUUUAUUUACAUUUCUGACAGCUCUGCUAGAGAAGUGACGCUUUUCAAACAUCAACAAAAUCCAGUGAAACUGAAACAGCUUUUGUUAACAGAUCCCUUUAGGAAUAAACAGUAGAUACCGUCUGAACUCUUCACAGCAGCACAGAAUGAACGGGAAAGUCCUACCAGACACUCCAAUAGCUGUAGACUGCUGGCAGCUCCGCAAGUGCCAUCACGUCCGUCUGUUCUUCUUGUCUCACAUGCACGCGGAUCACACCUCUGGCCUGUCAUCCACCUGGAGUCACAGGCCCAUAUACUGCUCUCCUCUCACUGCCAAACUGCUCCAGCGCAAACUCAAGGUCAAAGAGAAAUGGAUUCGUCCAUUGGAGAUUGGGGAAGCUCACAUGCUGUUGCUCGAUGAUCUUGGAAAAGAACGCCUGACCGUUACUCUAAUAGAUGCCAAUCACUGUCCUGGGGCGGUUAUGUUUCUCUUUGAGGGAUACUUUGGCACCAGACUCUACACUGGUGAUUUCCGUUACACCCCAUCUAUGCUCAGAGAGCAAUGUCUGAGGAAUACCACUACUAUUGAUGUGCUGUAUCUGGACAACACAAACUGUGACCCCACUCGAGCCGUACCUUCUCGUCAACGAGCCACUCAACAAAUUAAAGAGAUCAUUAGGGCUCAUCCUGGAUAUGCUGUGGUUAUUGGUCUUUACUCUCUGGGUAAAGAGUCUCUGAUGGUGGAGCUGGCUAUGGAGUUUAAAACAUGGGUGGAGGUGGAUAGAGAGCGUCUGGAAACCUUGCGUGUUCUGGAGCUCCCUGAUGUUUUCACCACUGACUCUGGUGCGGGCCGUAUUCGUGUGGUCUCUCAGUCAAUGAUCAAUGCCUCCAACCUGCAGGUGUGGAAUAAAGUGCAGCCUACCAUCGCUAUAUUGCCCACCAGCCGCCCCAUGAUCUCCUGUCACACUAAUGUGAAAAAGCCCAAAGAGGUGGUGAUUCCAGAGUCGGUCAAGCACUACAUGAUGACCAAUUCUAAUAUUCAGAGCUCCACAAAUGGCAUUACAAACAUGCUUCAAAGAACCUCGCGGCCAGAGUCUCGCGGGGUGGUGUUUGAAUCUCCAGAGUCAAAAAUAAGCCGACUUAGUCACGAUGAUGGGGAUUCUGAGACAGAUCAAGACUCCGACUGCGUUCUUCUAGACUUGAGCACCAACUCCUACUCCCGAGAGAACGGCCCACACAACAAACGUUUGAAACCCAUCCAAGUUGCAUCAGAAGAUGUCGUCACAAUUGGCAGCAGCCUUCCUUCAGAUGACAAUGAGUCUGUUAGUACACUUACAGAUGUAAGAUCACCUGACCACAGCUCUGUGUACGAAUGUGAGCAUGAAAGUCCAACAAAGUCAUCCAAGGAGAAGAGUCCUCAAAUGGGCAGCACUAAUUCUAGAGAGAGGUGCUCUUCAUUGGACAGCAUCAGUAUUCACGACCAAACCUGUGUUACCGCUGCAUUCACACCCCCUGAAACACGAUCGGUGACCGCUGCCUUGACCUUCACAUUACAGCGAGAGCAGAUUGAGCAGUUGCUCCUUGAGAACUUCAUCAUACCUGCUGAACAACUUAAAGGUGAGCAGAUGUUGUGGGGAGUUCAUGAAGAGAUUCGCCUUACUCCGGUUGAUCUUUCUAAACCAGCUGGUGAUCCCCUAGAAGCAGCUAUAAAGACAUUCAAAUCUAAAUGUGAUUAAGCAAGCACUUAAAGUAUGUGUAAUGUUUAUGUGAAAGUUUAAUUAUUAUCAUGUAUCAUUGUAAAUUAGAUGUCAACAAUAUUGUGGUUAAAUGUACAAAUCAUUAACACUGUGCCAAGUACUUACUCUUUUUCACAUUGUUUUUCUGCAUUUCUUUUGAGACAAAAACUGUUGGUAUUAUUGAUAAUACUAAUGGUAUUAGUUUCACAAUGUGGAUGCUGAGGUUUAACAUGUUUUGCAUGCAUUUGUUAUCUUAUGUAGCAUCACAAAGCACCUUACUGUGCAGAUUGAAAAAAAAAUCCUAUUAAAAGUGUUUCUUGUU